GUCACGUGUAUUGAAUUUUCAGGUGUUUAAAGUCUUGCUCACGACGAGACUUGUUCUGCUUUCGCUCAAACUUUGUAACACGGCCUCAGUUCUGCUGUAGUGUGGGUUGAGCACUAGGUUGGUGAUCUACAGAACAAUGACGGUUCAUAUUGCCAAGGUCAAAGUCAGACCUCGGAAAAACUUACCCCCCAAUGUCUGUGCAGUGGAGCUCUCGAAUAUGCUAGGGUGUUGGGCAGCAACAGGCGACAUGCUAGCCAGUAAUCAAUGUCAGGCGGCUGCCGAGACUUUGUUUCAAUGCAUGCGCACCGCACCUGUCCGCGGCAAACAACCUAGAUCGUCGAUAAAUUAUCACCUCGCUAGACUUGGCAGAAACUCCAAAUAGUCUUAUAUGGUCUGCAGUUUUCCAUGCAUCACACGCACCCGCGUGAGCUUCAGUCACGCUCGGAUUUCAUUCAAUGUCAUUCUAAAGCGUAUCAUGACAUGCAUUUUCCGCCCUGUGUUCCUGUUGUACUGAUUGGUGGGGUGUUGUAUUUCUCCAUCAGAAAACCCUAAUUUCCCCUUGAAUUUGCAAGGACGUGUCUUUAAAUGGCAUUCGAAUUCCCCAU